AAGAAAAUGUUGAAUAUAGGCUAUUGUUUGUCGGCUUUAUUACUGGCGGUGAGUGUGAGUGCGGACACACCGGCCAACUGUUCCUAUGAAGAGAUUCGUGGCGUUUGGGAGUUCUCGGAGUCCGUCAGGACUGCCAACAGGUCCGAGAAAUGCGACCUAACAGUCAAAUUGGUUGAUAAAAUCAGGAUUGAGUUGCAAUACCCCAACACAGCAGUGGAUCACUUGGGGAAUAGAGGCACAUGGACUCUGAUCUAUAACCAGGGCUUUGAAGUGAUAAUCAACGAUAGAAAAUAUUUCGCAUUUUCUGACUAUAAACAGGUUGGCACCAAAGUGACCAGCAUUUGCAACCAGACCAGCGCCGGCUGGUCUCACGAUGUGUUGGGCAACAACUGGGCCUGUUAUGUGGGACAUAGGGUUACCGGAAAUCAUGCCGAGAAAGUCCACUACAUCGAAGAUACCGAAGCGCUCAGUAACGGUGUGUUCACUCAGCGCCCGGAAGCCAUCGACAAAAUCAACUCAAUUCAGAGCCUAUGGACAGCCGAACACUACCCCGAGUUUGAGGGAAAGUCGUUGAAUGAAAUGUAUUUAAUGAAAGGCGGACCCAACUCCAGAAUUUUCGGUUAUCCAUCACCAGCGCCGGUAUCUGAUGAGGUGCUCCGUCAGGCAAACGAAUUGCCCGAACAAUUCGAUUGGAGAAACGUUAGUGGAGUUAGUUUUGUGACACCCGUUAGGAAUCAGGGCGGUUGUGGCAGUUGUUAUGCCUUCUCCUCUGUGGGUAUGAUUGAAAAUCGUCUCCGAGUCCAGUCCAACAAUACCCUACAAGUGGUCCUAAGUCCUCAGGACGCCACCACCUGUACCUUCUAUAGCCAGGGAUGUGCGGGUGGUUUCCCAUACCUGAUCGCUGGUAAAUACGGUCAGGACUUCGGUCUGACACCGGAGGCAAGCUUCCCAUACGUGGGUCAGGCAGCCAGUUGUCAAACCAAAAAGGAUGCAGCCAGGUACUACACCGGACACUACAACUAUGUGGGCGGUUAUUACGGCGCCUGUAACGAGGAGUUGAUGCGCUUGUCUCUGGUAAGGGACGGACCCCUCGCAGUGUCCUUCCAAGUGUGGGGUGACUUCCAGUCCUACAAAAAGGGAAUCUAUAAACACACUAAAGUGAGCCACGAGUCGGACAAACCCGAGUUCCAGCCCUUCUAUGAGGUCAAUCACGCGGUGCUGGCCGUGGGUUACGGUGUGGAGAACGGCCAGAAGUACUGGAUCGUCAAAAACAGUUGGGGCGCCACUUGGGGCGAGAGCGGGUACUUCCGUAUCUCAAGGGGUAACAAUGAGUGCGGGAUUGAGAGCAUCGCCGUCGAGGCCCACCCUAUUUUAAGGGCCGACACACCGGCUAACUGUACGUAUGAAGACAUACGAGGGGUUUGGGAGUUCUCGGAGUCGGAAGCGUCUGCCGAACGCUCGGAGGUCUGCAACGGAUCGCAGGUUUUGCUCAAUAAAGUGAGGUUUGAGUUGUUGUUCCCUAACAUUGCUGUCGACAACUUCGGUAACAAAGGAAUUUGGACAAUAAUUUAUAACCAGGGCUUCGAAGUUGUCAUUAAUUAUCGCAAAUAUUUUGCGUUUUCUGAUUACCGCCAAAAUGGCACAAAUGUGAGCAGUUUGUGUCACCAAACCAGACCCGGGUGGUCGCACGACGUGUUGGGACAUAACUGGGCCUGUUUUACGGGACUCCGGAUCAGUGGUAGUCAUGAGCCCAAGACAUACACCACUAAACUUGGAGGUCCUGUCGGUGUGUAUCGACAGAACCCGCACUCUAUUCAGCAAAUUAACUCAAUUCAAAGUCUAUGGACAGCCAAACAUUACCCACAUUUAGAGGGAAAGCCGUUGAGAGAUAUCCAUAAUAUGAAAGGUGGACCCAAAUCGAGAAUCUUAAGUCCUCCAGCACCAGCGGCCGUAACUGAUAAAGAUUGGAGGGAUGCCCUACAACUGCCCGACCACUUUGAUUGGAGAAACAUUAGUGGAGUUAAUUAUGUGUCGCCCGUCAGGAACCAGGGCUCGUGUGGCAGUUGUUACGCGUUUUCAUCGAUGGGUAUGAUUGAGGCCAGGCUCCGAGUUCAAUCCAAUAAUACGGUUCAGGAAAUACUGUCGCCGCAAGAUGUGGUCAGUUGUUCAGAGUAUGCACAGGGAUGUGACGGCGGUUUCCCAUAUCUUAUUGCAGGCAAAUAUGCGCAAGACUUUGGUUUAAUACCGGAGUCGUGUUUCCCAUACACAGGUGCCAGUGACCAGUGCCACGAGAAAAAGUGUCGACGCUAUUACACCGCGCACUACGACUACGUGGGCGGCUAUUACGGCGCUUGUAAUGAGGAGGCGAUGCGGUUAGCACUGGUACGCAAGGGACCCAUUUCCGUGUCCUUUGAAGUGUACGACGACUUCAUGUCAUACUCGGGCGGCAUAUAUAAGCACACGGGUGUCACACAUGGUCUCCAGUUUGAACCCUUUGAGAUCACCAAUCAUGCGGUGCUGGCCGUGGGGUAUGGCGUCGAAAAUGGACAGAAGUACUGGAUUGUUAAGAAUAGUUGGGGAACGGGAUGGGGGGAAAGUGGGUACUUCCGCAUCAGUCGCGGCGUAUUGGUGGUGGGCGUGAGGGCCGACACACCGGCCAACUGUACGUACGAAGACAUACGAGGGGUUUGGGUGUUCUCGGAGUCCGAGAGGUCGGCCGAGAGGACCGAGAAAUGCGACGGAACACAGAAAUUGGUGAAUAAAGUGAAGAUUGAGUUGCAAUAUCCUAACACCGCGGUCGACCAGUUUGGCAAUAAAGGCACGUGGACUCUGAUCUAUAACCAGGGUUUCGAAGUGAUCGUAAACAACAGAAAGUAUUUCGCAUUUUCAGACUACAAACAGGAGGGCUCUAAAGUGACCAGUUUUUGUCACCGCACGAGUCCCGGCUGGUCUCACGACGUGUUGGGCCACAACUGGGCCUGUUAUACAGGGGAACGGACUACUGGUGGUCACGAGCCCAAGACAUACAUCGAUGAGAGACCGCAGAUGAACGGCGUGUUCACUCAAAGUCAUGAAGAGAUUAAAAAGAUUAACUCAAUUCAAAACUCAUGGACCGCUAUAUAUUACCCACAGUUUGAGGGAAAGUCAGUCAACGAUAUGUAUUUGAUGAAAGGCGGCCCCAAAUCUAGAAUUUUGAGUCCCCCAUCUCCAGCACCCGUUACCCCAGAAGUUCGCCGAUUGGCAGCACAAUUACCCGAACACUUUGACUGGAGAGAUGUAAAUGGAGUCAGCUUUGUCUCAGAUGUUAGAGAUCAAGGCGGUUGUGGCAGUUGCUAUGCUUUCGGAGCGCUGGGUAUGAUAGAGGGGAGGCUACGAGUGCUGACCAACAACACCGAGAAGGUGGUGCUCUCGACCCAAGAUGUGGUCAGCUGUUCGGCCUAUUCCCAGAAAUGUGACGGAGGUUUCCCGUACCUCAUUGCCGGCAGAUAUGGACAGGACUAUGGUUUGACACCUGAGGCUAACUUUCCGUACACGGGACGUAACGACCCCUGUACUACUAAAGCCAAUGCUGAGCGUUACUAUACGGCUCACUACUAUUACGUGGGUGGUUUUUACGGGGCCUGCAAUGAGGAGCUGAUGAGAUUGGCUCUGGUCAACAACGGACCCCUCGCCGUCUCAUUUGAGGCCUACGACGACCUCUUUGCCUACAAAACCGGAGUCUAUAGACACACCAAAAGUAACGCUCAAUUCAAUCCGUUUGCGAUCACUAAUCACGUGGUGGUGAUCGUGGGCUACGGCACCGACGCUAAGUCGGGUGAGAAGUACUGGAUCGUCAAAAACAGUUGGGGCGGCAAUUGGGGACAAAAGGGAUACUUUCAGAUCAGUCGUGGAAACAAUGAGUGCAAUAUUGAAAGCAUCGCCUUAAGGGCCGACACACCCGUUAACUGUACGUACGAGGAGAUCAAAGGGGUUUGGGAGUUCUCAGAGUCAUCCAGGUCUGCUGAAAGGACUGAGGUGUGCGAUGGCACUCAGAAAUUGGUCAAUACAAUUAAGAUUGAGCUCCAGUACCCUAACAUUGCCGUCGACGAGUUUGGACACAAUGGCACAUGGACCCUAAUCUAUAAUCAGGGUUUUGAAGUGACUGUCCAUAAUCGCAAAUACUACGCUUUCUCAGACUAUAAGAAAGAGGGCACAAAAGUGAUCAACAUUUGCAACCAAACCACAAAUGGUUGGUCGCACGACGUGUUGGGCCACAACUGGGCCUGUUAUCAGGGAAAGAGGGUCACCGGACAACACACAGAGAAAGUACAUUAUCUCGUCGAUACCGAAGCGCUCAGUAAUGGUGUGUUUAGACAAAAUCCCGACACAAUCGCCAAAAUUAACUCAAUCCAGAGCUCAUGGACUGCCAAACAUUACCCGCAGUUUGAGGGAAAGUCACUGAAUUAUCCAUCGCCGGCACCGGUAACCGAAGAAGUGCGACGACUGGCCGAUGAAUUGCCGGAAUCGUAUGAUUGGAGAAAUGUUAGUGGAGUUAGUUAUGUGACACCCGUUAGAGACCAGGGUGGUUGUGGCAGUUGCUAUGCGUUCGGGUCGUUGGGUAUGAUCGAGGGGCGGCUAAAAGUGGUGACCAAUAAUAAACAAACAGUUGAUCUCUCGGAACAAGAUGUGGUCAGCUGUUCGGCCUAUAAUCAGGGCUGUGCCGGAGGUUUCCCAUACCUGACCGCUGGCAAAUACGGACAAGAUUUCGGUCUUACUCUUGAAGCCAAUAACCCCUAUAAGGGAGUGGACUCCAAAUGUGGGACCAAACAGGGAGCGGAACGGUAUUACACCGCUUACUAUAACUAUGUGGGCGGGUAUUACGGGGGCUGUAAUGAGGAGUUGAUGCGGAUAUCACUAGUCAGAGACGGACCCCUCGCCGUGUCCUUCCAGUACGGCAUGUUUGACGACUUUGUGUCGUACGGGUCCGGCAUUUAUAGCCCGACUCCUGUCAAACACGACAACGGAGAGUACAACCCCUUCGUUGAGGUCAACCAUUCAGUACUGAUUGUCGGUUACGGCGUUGACUCCAAGACUAAUGAGAAGUAUUGGAUCGUUAAGAACUCAUGGGGCGCCUCCUGGGGUGACCAUGGUUAUUUCAAAAUAGCAAGAGGGAAAAAUACGCAAGGAAUAGAGAGCAUCGCCGUUGAGGCCAUUCCUAUUCCCAAUUAA